AUGAAGACCCCGAGGAGAGGAGCUGACUGUGGGGACGCUGAGACUGCCCUGCUCCCUCAGACAUGGAGGUCCUGCCAAGACCCCACCAGGACCAGAGUCAAAGUGUGGCUGCUCAAGCUGAAGUUGUGUAUGGAGACCCUGUGUGGACUGGAGUGGUACUGCUUUGCUGCUCUCGGAGUCCUGACCUCUCUCCUCAGUGUCCUCCUGGACCUCAGUGUGAGCAAGGUCAUUAACGCUCACCAGCAGCUCUAUGCACAUCUGGAAGGCAGUGUCCUCCUCCAGUUUCUAUGCUGGACCCUUUACCCAGCAUGCCUCUGUGCAGUGGCCUCCUUCCUCUCUCAUCACAUCUGUCCUUUCUCCACUGGCUCAGGAAUCCCAGAAGUGCGCGCCCUGCUGGCGGGUUUUGAACUGCCGCAGUACCUCUCCCUCAGCAACAUGUUCAUCAAGAGCCUGGGUCUGGUCUGCACGCUGUCCGCAGGAAGCCCCCUCUUCCUGGGAAAAGUGGGCCCCUUCGUGCACGUGUCCACCAUGAUGGGGUCGUAUCUCAGCCGUCUGUGCCGUCUCCUUCAAGGUCAACACAAGGCAGAUGUUGGGGAUCAGAUGUUGGUGGUGUCGGCGGCGGUGGGCGUGGCCAGUUGUUUUGGAGCUCCCAUCAGUGGUGUGUUGUUCAGCAUGGAGGUGGUGUGUUCUCUCCUCACAGGUGUGUUGUUCAGCAUGGAGGUGGUGUGUUCUCUCUUCAGCAUGGAGGUGGUGUAUUCUCUCUUCACAGGUGUGUUGUUCAGCAUGGAGGUGGUGUGUUCUCUCCUCACAGGUGUGUUGUUCAGCAAGGAGCAUGGAGGUAGUGUGUUCUCUCUUCAGGUGUGUUGUUCAGCAUGGAGGUGGUGUGUUCUCUCUUCAAGUGUGUUGUUCAGCAUGGAGGUGGUGUGUUCUCUCCUCACAGGUGUGUUGUUCAGCAUGGAGGUGGUGUGUUCUCUCUUCACAGGUGUGUUGUUCAGCAUGGAGGUGGUGUGUUCUCUCCUCACAGGUGUGUUGUUCAGCAUGGAGGUGGUGUAUUCUCUCUUCACAGGUGUGUUGUUCAGCAUGGAGGUGGUGUGUUCUCUCCUCACAGGUGUGUUGUUCAGCAUGGAGGUGGUGUGUUCUCUCCUCACAGGUGUGUUGUUCAGCAUGGAGGUGCAUGGAGGUGGUGUGUUCUCUCUUCAGUUGUGUUGUUCAGCAUGGAGGUGGUGUGUUCUCUCUUCAAGUGUGUUGUUCAGCAUGGAGGUGGUGUAUUCUCUCUUCACAGGUGUGUUGUUCAGCAUGGAGGUGGUGUGUUCUCUCUUCAGGUGUGUUGUUCAGCAUGGAGGUGGUGUGUUGUUCAGCAUGGAGGUGGUGUGUUCUCUCCUCACAGGUGUGUUGUUCAGCAUGGAGGUAGUGUGUUCUCUCUUCAGCAUGGAGGUGGUGUGUUCUCUCUUCACAGGUGUGUUGUUCAGCAUGGAGGUGGUGUGUUCUCUCCUCACAGGUGUGUUGUUCAGCAUGGAGGUGGUGUGUUCUCUCUUCAGUUGUGUUGUUCAGCAUGGAGGUGGUGUGUUGUUCAGCAUGGAGGUGGUGUGUUCUCUCUUCACAGGUGUGUUGUUCAGCAUGGAGGUGGUGUGUUCUCUCUCUUCAGUUGUGUUGUUCAGCAUGGAGGUGGUGUGUUCUCUCUUCAGCAUGGAGGUGGUGUGUUCUCUCCUCACAGGUGUGUUGUUCAGCAUGGAGGUGGUGUGUUCUCUCUUCACAGGUGUGUUGUUCAGCAUGGAGGUGGUGUGUUCUCUCUUCAGGUGUGUUGUUCAGCAUGGAGGUGCAUGGAGGUGGUGUGUUCUCUCUUCAGGUGUGUUGUUCAGCAUGGAGGUGGUGUGUUCUCUCCUCACAGGUGUGUUGUUCAGCAUGGAGGUGGUGUAUUCUCUCUUCACAGGUGUGUUGUUCAGCAUGGAGGUGGUGUGUUCUCUCCUCACAGGUGUGUUGUUCAGCAUGGAGGUGGUGUGUUCUCUCUUCAGCAUGGAGGUGGUGUGUUCUCUCUUCACAGGUGUGUUGUUCAGCAUGGAGGUGGUGUGUUCUCUCUUCCCUCUCCGACAUUACGUGCCCUGUUUCCUGGCUGCAGCCUGUGGGGCUCUGACCUUUAGGCUGUACUCAGUCUGGAGCGGAGAGGAAGAGACGCUCCAGACUCUGUUCAAAACUAACUUCUCGACAAAGUUCCCUUUCAACCCGUCGGAAAUCCUCCUCUUUGCCUUCUUAGGACUUCUCUGUGGAGCCGUGAGCUGCCUGUAUCUGUGCCUCCACCGCAGGCUGCUGCACUUCACCAGGACUCAGCCCGUCCUGGUCCGGAUGCUAACGACAGAGAAAGUGCUGUACUCUGCUGCAGUGGGAUUCCUUUUGGCGUGUGUCACCUUUCCUCACUUUGCCGGACGGUUCAUGGCCUCAAAGUGCACAAUGAAGCAGCUGAUCACGUCUCUUCUGCACGCUGAGUCCUGGCUGUCCCCGUCCCAGAAUGCAUCAGUGCCGGUGCCAGGGCCUUGUGAGGACUGGACCUCCUCAGAGCUGCCUGUGCUGCUGCCUCUGCUGGUCUUCCUGCUCCUCAAGAUGUGGAUGCUGCUGCUCGCCUGCACCGUGCCCAUACCAGCGGGAUACUUCAUGCCUGUCUUUAUCUACGGAGCCGUGUUGGGCAGAACCGUCGGAGAGAGUCUGGCUUACGUCACAUCAGAGAGAAGCUGGAAGGUCAAUCCAGGAGGGUACGCGUUGGCAGGUGCUGCAGCCGUCUCUGGAGCCUGCACUCACAGCCUGUCCCCCGCCCUCCUGGCCCUGGAGUUAACGGGACAGUUCUCCCACGCUGGGCCCAUCUUCAUAUCCACCCUGUGCUCCAACAUGGUGUCCCGGGCAGGAAGGCGGCCAUCUUUUUAUGACAACCUUUCCAUCAGUAAGAGAUUGCCUCAUCUUCCCUCGCUGAAGAAGGUCUCCCCCAGCCUCGGUCUGGCUCCGGUCGGACAGAUGCUGAGGGCUCCGUCAGUGCUGGUCCACAGGGCAGACGGACAGGCCCAGGUCCAGACCGCUGUCAGGUCCAGCUCUCAGGCGCUGGUCCCAGUGGUGGAGUCUGACGAGUCACUGUGCUUUCUGGGAUACGUGCCGCGCCAUGAGCUGCAGGAGUUUGUCAUUCAAGACCAGAAUGUAGAUAAAUGUGUGGGAGAGGUUUGUCAGAUCCAGAGGCCCACAGUCCUGCUGGGGCCCCACAGCUCCGUGCAGCAGGUGUACAGAAUCCUGAGUGUGAGCAGAGAACAAACCAUAUUUGUGACUGAGGGUGAGAAGCUGAGAGGAGCGAUCACGUGGCCAGAGUUGAAGCAGAUGUUGGAGGACUUGGCCAGAGACAUCUGA